UUUCCUCUAAUCACAAGAAAAUCACCUCCUUUUCUCUUUUUAAGAAAUCCACGUUAAAUAUUUUGAAAACCAAAUCUCUAAAAACAAUGGAUCACACCUCACUCAAUCUUUUUCAAAAAUCAAAAAAUAAAAAUCACCGCCACUUCAUCUUCCCUAUUCAUUCUCUCACUCGUUCACUCCUAAACUCUUUAAGUCCCAUCUCAGUGAUCGAAUACUUCUCUUCUUUACUCGAUUAUUUUUUCUCUCUUCCAAACCAAAAUGGCGUCCAAGCUUGGCGCUUGCUCACGCGCAACUCCAGGCUCCUCUCAUUUCCGAAAAACCGCGAAAACUUUGUUUUCACCGCUUCGGCAAUCGGUACUAACCGAUAAAUCAAGGAGGAGGAUUAUUGGAAGCUCGAGAAUUAGCGUUUCUAAUGAUGGGGACUCGUACCUCGACAUGUGGAAGAACGCCAUCGAUCGUGAGAAGAAGACCGUUGAGUUCCAAAAAAUCACCGAAAGGUUCGAUAGUGGCAAUAAUGCCAGUAGUGAUGGUGGUCCGGGAGUGGAUUUGAAGAAGAAAAGCGAGGAUUUCAAGAAGAUUCUUGACGUUUCUAAGGAGGAGAGGGACCGUAUUCAACGAAUGCAGGUUAUUGAUCGGGCCGCGGCAGCGAUUGCGGCGGCUCGUGCUAUUCUCAAGGACAAGCGUUCCGAAACAAAUGAGGCAAACACCGGAGACAAUUCCAUUUUGGGCCGUCAAAGCGGAAGCGGAGGCGGAAUCGGAAGCGGAAUCGAGGGCAGUGAAGGAGGAGGAAUGGAAAUUAAAGGAGGAUUGGAAAUUGAAGGAGGAACAAAGAAUGGGAACAUCUUUGUGCCUCAAUCUGAGGCUUCUGGAAAGGGAGUACCUGGUCCUGAUUUUUGGUCAUGGACGCCCCCUGAUAAUGAUAGGAAGCCAGAAGAUCCUGCAUUGCUGGAAGCUAAGAGAGCUUUGAUAUCUCCUAUUUUGGCUAGCCCUGUGGCAAUGAAAGAACGAUGUCUGGAUUUUCUUGACAUUCCACUUGAGAGUAAACUUUCAGAGACCAGCUCCAACCCUCCUAUUCCUCCUCUGCAGUCACUGAUGGAGGUUAAAAAGGAAGAGGUCUCUGUAUCCAGUCUCGAGACUCCAUCUUUGGAAGAGGAAGAACAUCAAGUAAAUCUUUUAUUUUCAGCACGUGCAGCAGAAGCAGCUCAUGUUCUUGGAGCAGAGGAAGUGGAUGAAGCAUUUUCUGGAAUAGACCCAGAUGGAGCAAGGUGGUGGAAGGAGACAGGAAUCGAUCGAAGACCUGAUGGUGUGAUUUGCAGGUGGACAAUGACUAGAGCAGUCAGUGCUAAUGAAGAUGUCGAGUGGCAAGAGAAGUUUUGGGAAGCUGCUGAUGAGUUUGGGUAUAAGGAACUUGGCUCAGAGAAAUCAGGACGAGAUGCAACUGGCAACGUGUGGCGUGAAUAUUGGAGAGAAUCAAUGUGGCAGGAGUCUGGGCUUGUGCAUCUUGAGAAAACUGCAGACAAGUGGGGUAAGAAUGGAAAAGGUGAUGAGUGGCAAGAGAAAUGGUGGGAACAUUAUGAUGCCUCUAAUCAAGCUGAAAAAUGGGCACAUAAAUGGUGUUCCAUUGACCCAACUACAGAGCUUGAAGCUGGCCAUGCUCAUGUUUGGCAUGAAAGGUGGGGUGAGAAGUAUGAUGGACAUGGGGGCACCGUGAAAUACACGGACAAAUGGGCUGAGCGAUGUGAGGGUGAUGGGUGGACAAAAUGGGGCGACAAAUGGGAUGAACAUUUUGAUCCAAAUGCCAAUGGUGUCAAGCAAGGGGAAACAUGGUGGGAAGGUAAGUAUGGAGAGCGAUGGAAUCGCACUUGGGGUGAGCGCCACAACGGUUCUGGAUGGGUUCACAAGUACGGGAAAAGCAGCAGUGGGGAGCACUGGGAUACACAUGUGGAACAAGAGACUUGGUAUGAGAGAUUCCCGCACUUCGGUUUCUAUCACUGCUAUGACAACUCACUACGGCUCCGUGAAGUUCAGAAUCUUCAGAUGCCAUCCGAUAGAUAUGAAUCAUAAAUUUUGCAUUUCCUUUAAGUUUUAUUAUCUACUAAUCUUAUUUUGAACUCAUAGUUCCAUAGGAAGCCAAAGUAUCCUUUUUCUUUAAUAUGAUGCCCUCUCAUAAACUGCAUCAAUUUUUCAUUCGUAGAUAUAAUGCAAUCCUCAGCUUGGUUUUUCAAA